UCCACAUGCUGGUGAGCUUGCUUCUGUGUAAGCUCCAGCCUAUACAGUAUUUCAAGAUGAGAUAUUAGUAAUUUAAAUAAGACUGACGUUUUCAUUCAGAGUUUAUACAGAACAUCAUGGACUAAUGGUGUCAUAUCUGAAAUGGAAUUCCAAUUUUAAUUCAGAAGGGAAAAUCUGACAAGCUUUUACUGUGAUAAUCAUCCUAUUUUGAGAGCAUCUACAAACCCAUCUGAAUUAAGAUAUAAAUCGAGAAAAGCAGUGGUCCUUAUCCCUGAUAGCUGCAACCAACUCAUCAUUUAAAAUGACAUGGUUACAGGAGCAGAGAAAACGUUGGUGCUACUGUGUUAUAAUGCGUGCUGCAAUGCUUCUGCUCUUUGUUUUCUGCAACCACGUUGUAGGAAAAGAUUCUGGGAAAAAUCUGGAAAGGAGAGAGCUUUUGGUUUCAAAAGAAUUUUCGACUAACUACUUUGAUCCCACUUCUAUAGACCUCACAGAUUUUGUCAAUAUAUUACUAAAUUCAUCAAAAACUGGUAGCAACUAUUUGUUUUCAAUGCUAAGUGUAACCUCACACAGUUCUCUGGCUCUCCAUAAAAUUACAAUUCUGGUGUAUAACAUUUCUGAUUUCAGGAAUAUUGAGCCAAGCACGUUCCCAAUGAGAUACUGCUAUUGUUUCACCAAUAGAACAAAUGAUUUAACAGAUUUCACUGCCGUGUUGUUGGAUAUAAUGGAAAAUUCCACAAGCUAUCUUCAAGAGCUUUUUAAAUCUAGCUCCAUAUUAUCUGUGAGCCAAAGCAACAACUCAGAUUGCAUCUUCAUCUGCGUGAUGGCAGGCAAAACAGACAGAGACCUGUCUCUUCUCUGGAAGACAGAAUCUGUCAAACCUCUUUUCAGUCACACCGUUAUCGGAAAUGUUGACAAAGGUAAUGAUUCUGUUCACACUCCAAGUCCAUUGCUACUCAAAGAUUGGGAUCAGACAGAAAAAGGUUCCAGUGGCAUUUCAACAUUAAAACCCAGUGAAAUGCAAUACACUACAUCUUCCCAAUCCACUAUAACAGAACCAAGAUCCAGUGUCAUACCCUCUUUUGUUUCUAACGGAAUGAUUACAAAAGUAUUUCCUCGGGAUAAACCAGGCUGUCCCUGGGAAAGGCCGAAAGUAGUAAAUGUGGUGACAGAAGCUAUGGUGACCACUGAGCUCCCUGUGACAGUCAUUCCGAAAUUGAACACUUGUGUGAUGGAGAUGUGUAGGUUCUUCCAGCGAUGCCUUUGUCGUGUGUAUUCAAAGAGGCUGGAAUUAAGAUACUGUGCUGAAUAUUAUUCCUGGUAUGUGAAGCACAAUUCUGAGAUGUGCAGAAAGGUGAAAAGGAUUGCCUUUUCUAAGACUUUAAAACAAAAGUGUCUGGCAAAGAUGUGCACAACCAAGUAACACAAUCAAGAAUCAGUGCCUCGUGUGUGGCCUGCGUCUUUGAAGUGUAUGAUGAAGUGCUUUUGUCUGAUGGUCUGUGGAUAUGCUUUAUAUUGUGUGCCUCACAUAAGCACAUUGUCUUUGCUACUAUCUACAUGUCCCAACAACAUUUAAAAGAUGUUAUGCAAAUCAUUUUUUUCCUAGGGUGUUUGUUAAAUGUUCUAUCUUCAAUUUCUAUUCAAUAUUUUGGAUAUAAUUUUUUUCAGAAAGGUUCAAAAGUAUUCAAUCCACGUGAAUGCCAUUUGUACUGAUAUUUUAUCCAGAUCAGCAUGUAAUUAUUGAUGCAGAAAU